ACACUCUUUACACACACACACACAUAAGCACACGAACAUCCCCAUAGACACUCUAAAUUGCACAAACGGACACAAAAGGUGUGAGAUGGCUGUCUAGCUUUACACUUAAGCCAAGUAAAGGUGAUUGCCACAGGUGCUGAUCUGACAUUUUGAGAGCGCCGGCCAACAGGAGUGCAGCAACAUGACGGGCACCUUUUUCCUGUUUCUACUUGCACUUGUUGAAGUGACCGCUUCCAGCAAAAAUGAUGCCGGCAAUCGUGAAAAGCGGGAAGCUGUUCUUAUUCGUUCAAAGAGAAGAUGGGUUCUGUCCACCGUUGAUCUUGAGGAGAACAGGCCUGGACCGUAUCCAAUUGAGCUAACACAGAUGUACAAUGACAAAAAGGACAACUCCGUCAAGUUCCGCCUCCAAGGAGACGGGGUGACAAGAGAACCAUUUGGUUUGUUUUCCAUUAACGAAAACACUGGUGUUGUAUUCGUACACCGGCCCAUCGACCGGGAAGUGAAUCCCAUCUUCCAUGUGGACUUUGACGUGCUGGACAGGCAGACUGAUAAAGAGUUGGACAAAACGCUGUCAUUCAACGUGGACAUAAAGGACUUGAAUGACAACAGUCCCAAGUUCUCGCCGGAAAUGAUCCGUGUACCAGUUCAGGAGAACACUCCUGAAGGCAUUCUGCAAGCAACAUUACAAGCUCAUGACAAUGAUCAGCCGGAUACUCCUAAUUCACAGUUCACCAUGAGGGUGGUGUCACAAGAACCUGCAUUACCAAAAAUUUCCCUGAAGGACAUACCUGGGACCACUAAAAUCAAACAGCUCACCUUCACGGGAUGCUUUGACUAUGAUAUCGUAAAAACAUAUAAAGUGCUAGUUGAAGCGAAGGAUAAUGGGACACCUGCAAUGUCUUCAACUGGAACUAUUUUUCUGGACAUCAGAGAUACCAACACCCAUCUACCAGAAUUCAAAUCUGCCACGUACAACACUGAAGUGAAGGAAAUGGAAUCAAACAAGGAGAUCCUAAGAAUUGGCGUCACAGACAAGGACACACCGAACACGGCUGCAUCAAGAGCGGUGUUCUCCAUCCUGAAGGGCAACGAAGAUGGGAAUUAUAAGAUCGAGACAGACCCCGCAACCAAUGAAGGUGUGCUGUCUGUUAUCAAGGGGAAGAAUUUUGAGAAAUCUGAGCUCACAGAGGUGGAAAUAGGUGUCGAGAACGAGGAGAAAUUAUUUCAGUGUGUCAAUGGAAAGGCCCUAACAGGUUCCACACCAAAGCUAAACUCUGUCAAAGUGGCAGUGAAAGUCAUUGACGAGAAUGAUCCCCCUCAAUUUAAGAAGACUACUGAAGUAAUUUACCGAAAUGAAAAUGGAUAUCCAGGAGAUGUGUUGUUUGUACCUGAAGUCAAAGAUGAAGACUCGGACUUGAGCAAAAUCAGGUAUGAGUUAGUACAAGACCCAGCCAAAUGGGUGAGUGUUGACCGGAAGACAGGAAAGAUCACCACAGUUCAGAAGAUGGACCGGGAAUCUCCAUUCAUCAAGAAUGGCACCUACACUGUUGUAGUCCAUGCUAUAGAUGACGGACAGCCUCCAGCUACAGGGACAUGCACUGUUGUGGUCUUCCUGGGUGACGUGAAUGAUAAUGCCCCCUAUCUCACCUCCAAAAACAUGAUCAUGUGCGGGAACAAGGUCGACCGUGUCAAUGUGAUUCCAGCAGACCUUGAUGGACCUCCAUUUUCAACUCCUUUUACCUUCUCUCUGGGAGGAGGAGAAGCGCUUAGGAAACUCUGGAAGCCGGAGCCCGCCACAGGAGUAAACACCUCUCUGAUAAGUUUGACGUCUCUACCAUAUGGAAACUACUCGAUUCCUUUGAAGAUUCAGGACCAGCAAGGGCUGGAGUCAGAAGAGGUUCUGCAGGUAGUUGUGUGUGAAUGUGUGGGAGAAGGAACCGUGUGUCGUGGGGCUCUUCCUUCCUCCUCAAGGCUGGGUCCAGCAGCCAUCGGUCUCCUGCUUGCCGGACUUCUCCUUUUGCUCCUUCUUCUACUCCUUUCUUUCUGCUGUGACUGCCGAAGCACGAGCUUUCAACACAUACCUCUGAACAUGGUGGACGAGGGCAACCAAACCAUUGUCAAAUACAACGAGGAGGGAGGAGGCUCAGUCUAUAAACCCGAGUCCACACUUACUUCCAAUUUUGGUCUGAUGGAAAGCAUGAAAAUUGGAUCUGCACCGUCUGAGUCCCUGGUUACAACUGACGGAUACAGGAUGGCUGAUAGUAGUAUGCUGAGAAUCCCUGGAAGGUAUAACUCCAUUAUUUCCAAUGUUGGAGGUGCGAGGAGCGUGUCAAUGUACCGAGGGGAAAGGGGAAGGUUUAUGAGUGGAGGCAGCCAGAUGUCCCGGUCACUCACCUACACUCAAACACAAAGAAAUCUGUCAGGACGCAUCGAGAGGAAAAUCAGCGGACUUCCGGAAGCAAAGAAGGACUAUCCUGAAUAUUCCCCAUAUCUAUAUGAAUAUGAGGGGAAGGGCAGUGAUUGCCAGUCACUGGAUCAGCUGACUGUCAGCAACCUUGGUGAUAACCUGGACUUCCUUCAGGACCUUGGGCCAAAGUUCAGCACUCUGGGAGAGAUUUGUCAACGGCCAGUGGAGCGCAGGAAUGUCCGACUGUGAAAAUGGAUGAUGACUUGAGACUUGAGAGAGCUUCAAGCCUUCAGCUUUAUAUCGUUUAAUGAUUGCUCCACAUUUCUAUAAUGCUUUCAGCUCAGCUGCAAAGGGGUACCAGGGAUUUUUUGUGCAUUGAUUGUUUUAUUUUUUUUGAGAGAGUGCUCUAGGACAAGGCAAGCCUUGAUUUUGAGCACCAUGAAACCUGCACAGGAGCAGGGUGAUCAGGGAUAAGCUGUGAACAUUACGUCUUCAGUGCCAAGACUGGCCUCAAGGAACUAAGUGAUACUGAUACAGUAUGCGUUUGUGCUCAUGAUAUAUAAGGAAUAUAUGCAUAAGGAAGCAUGUUGAGUGCUUGAAUUGAAAACUGCUAACUUUACCUCAGCUUGUGCCUGCCUGUUUCAUCUUUUUUCCUCAGCAAUUGUAAAGCCACACUUUCCCAACCACACUUAGCCAUGCUGAUUGUGUAAGCGAGUUUUUGUCUGGGGUUGUCCUGCACUUACAUGAUGCUAUUGGGACGCUGACUUUAGGUACUGUAUUGUUUUGCGCACUUUGCUAGGAUGACUUUGCAUUGCAGAAUCUCUUGAGUAUUUAAAGGGAUAGUCCAGCCGAAAAUGAGAA